AUGCCGAAGCUCGAAGCACCCCUCAGCGAGCUGACGAAGGACAUGGCGCAUAUUCCGCUCAAAGACAUGAAUGAGUGGGUCAACCGAUCUCCCGAAGUGCGGAGGCAGGAGGUUGAGAAACGAAAUGGCUACGUCACCAGACCGAUGAACUCCUUCAUGCUGUAUCGAUCGGCCUAUGCGGAACGAACCAAGGAAUGGUGCUCUCAGAACAACCAUCAGGUUGUAUCGUCCGUCUCAGGCGAAAGCUGGCCGCUUGAGCCCCCAGAGAUCCGCGAGAUGUACAACGAGUACGCGCGAAUUGAGAGGAACAACCACCAAAACGCGCAUCCUACAUACAAAUUUUCUCCAAGCAAGGUCGGCUCAGCGAGGAAGCGAAAAGGAACCGAGUCAGACGAGGAGGAGGAAGAAUCGAGCGACAUCGAUGAUCCAGACGCCGACUGGGGUCCACCGGGCCAUAGAAGCAGAAGGAACAGGCCCAGCAAGCGGCAAGGAAAGGAGCUUCCAUACCCAGCCUACAACACCGUGCCGUCUAACUACGCUCCGUAUGGAUACGUGCAGAAUGAUGGAAUGAACCCGUCAGCAUGGGAGGCGACCAACGAAGGCAGACCGCCACCCGCCGCCAUCGGCUCUGCAAACAUGUACAACCAGUACUAUCAGACAACCGUCCAUCAGAACGCUUCAGCGCCGGGCUGGGAGGACGUCCGGAUGCGCGCGAUGGAGGCUCCGAGUAUGCAACACUACACUGCACCUGGUGGACAGUCUCUUAUCGGCCUCCCUGGCGGACAACAUCACGAUCUUCUUCAGGGGUACUCCCACAACGGCACGCCGAUGCAGUUUGGGGAACACGUCGACCCAAUGCUCCUUCCGUUAGACAGCAACGCUUUUGGAGAGCAAGUAGAUGGAAUGCAGUUCGGCGGCUCCUAUGGAGUACCGCUUGAUAAUGGCGGCCUCGGGGAGUACGAUUAUCGCUCUGGAGCCUGGCCGGUCGACCCUACACUUGGUCCUCCCCUAGGGGAGGGUUCGGAAUUGGACCAGUUGGAUGGGUGA